AUGCCACCCUCCAUUCACAAUGGCAUUCACAAGAAACAGCAUCGAAUGACGGACAUCCAGCAUCCAAUCGUUAUUUUGGAAGACGAUGAGGCUCCUUCCUAUCCCCAUUACAAUAAUACAAGAGAAGAGUCCACUUCCUUGACCUCUCUUCCACCAGCCUUUAAUCCCGAAUUCCUGGGAGUAGCAGCAGCAGCAAAGCCAGUACCAGCCAUGGCUCCAGUUCAAAUACAAACGGCAGAAGACUUGAAUGCUGUCGGCAUCAAGGCAUCAUCGGCACCUGUAACUGCCGAAACGGUAGAUCCUUUUAUUGCCGCCGUCUUUCAGCAUGGCUUUCAUGACCAGGAAGUCAUUGUGAUUGAUGAUCGAGACGAAGACGAAGACUAUUAUGACGAUUUCAGUCCAAGGUCGUGUUUGGACGAGCGUGACAUGCUGGAAAAACGAUUCCUUGUCCAAGAACCAAGACGCAAGGCAGAGGCUAGUAUUGCAGCAGCAGCAAGGGCUGUUGAUGAUGAUGACGAUGAUACGAGGACUGCUGCCACCGCAUCUGCUUCUACAGUAAUCGGGGGGUCAAAUGCUGCCUCGUCAUCUUCUGCAAGCUCCUCCUCCUCUUCCAGCAUGCCCUCACAUGUUUCUACAGCGCUUCUUGUUCCGGCAAUUACCGGUCAGCAUGUUCCACCUGGCACCAAGGCCAACCCUCCGAGUGAACCACGGUUCAUUCCAUUGACCCAACACCAGUCGCACUAUGAUCGUUUGUUGCCAUAUGCCCAAGUACUGGCAUUCCAAACCAAAUUACACACGCGGGCCGUUUUGGAACGCACCCUUCGCAUCAAACAAAAGCACGGCCCUUUGGUCAAGCGAGUCGUCAAGAAGUCUUACAAGGCCAUUCGAUCCGUCUCCAAACGGUCCAUUGCCUUGGCCGCUCAUCAUGGUCCAAUCGUGGGACGUAAGGUCAAACGAGCGUCUAUCCAAACUUUGGAAGGCAUUCAAGAGUAUGAAGCCAAUCAUCAAAUCUUGGCCAAGUCAAAAGAAGGCAUCCAGAAUGUUUGGACUCGACAAAUACGAGGAACACGGGCUUCGUUUUGA